CUCUCUAUCCACCGUAAUUGUGCUAUGUCAAGUCACUCCUUCCUUGGGCAUCGGGAUCGAUCCCAACCUUUCUUUCAGCCAGAACUACUGUCAAGCAGGAAAUAAACUACAAAGCAAACUCCCGGUCAGCAUGGAUUCUUGAAUUAAAGAAAAGGACAUUCCCGCCAUUGUUCUCUCAACUAUGGCCAUUUCCUUGACUACCCCUUCCUAUAAGACCCACCAACACCUGCAAAGCGCUUGUUGACUUCACCCACUGUUGGCCCCUCCAGAAAGAAGCAGCCAGUACCUAGUCCAGAUUGCAUCAUUAUCCUCAUCAUCAUCCUCAGAAUACAAGUGUACCAUACAAGUCUGGAUCGUGUUUGGGUUUACUCCUCGCCGUUAUACUAUCGUUCUAGAGUCCUAUCUGAAUGAGCAUUCCCUUCGUUCUAUAAGACCCUAGUGAUGUCGCGCACCCCAAAGAAAGGCUCCCGGUCCGGGGCCGCCAGAAGAAUAAACCGUGGCAAAAAGAUCCUUGGGAGGAGUGCGAUCACGCCGAGAUCGCCCCGGUCCAUCUUAGCCCAGGCUCGCAGGAACAGCCUCCUAAAGAAACGGGAUCGUGGCGACUUGGCUGGCGUUGCAACGAGCAACAAGACCAAGCCUGUUGAGCGCGGAAGUCCCAAAGUAGGGAGGUAUGCCAGACUGAGUAUACUUCCACCAUCGACCGAACCCCAGGAAAAGAACUGUUUUAAACGAGAGGUGUCUCCUGCACACUAUGUGUUUGUCCCCAAGGGAGAUGUCUACAUUACUCGCCAUUGCCGAAUUAAGACAAAGGAGUCGGGUCAGAUCGUCUAUGUGGUUUAUGAUAAUCGAGGCAAGACCACUCUUGGCCUCCGUGUCCCCGCCGAUGUUCAUGCAGCCGUUCUCCAAUCUGCAGCUGAAACAGCCAAGUCUCGCGCCCACGCUGUUAAGCUUCGUGACGAGAAAUACUCGGGCCGAGCCCGCGAGCUCUUGCGCACUCACUUUCCGUUGAUGCCGGAGGAGUCGUUGGACACUGUCCUCCAACAUGCCUUUCUCAAGGGCACUGGGCGUGUUGGGCGGGUCUCCAAUUUAUCGGAUGAACGCAAGGCGAACCUGGCCGUUGAGGCUCAUAUUCGACACACUCAUACUCGAUAUGAAUCGCUCUUAAAGGCCGGAAAGGCGCGCGAUCAGGCUCGGAAUGCGACAAGGGGGGUGGUUCAGGCUAUCAAGUCCACCUGGGCAGGUGGCCGUGUCGAGUCAACAGACUGUCUCACUGUGCGCAAUCGACUGUGAGUAAUGCACCCACCGAAGAUAGACGAGGCAGGCCCUAGGUGAUUCCUUUUUAUAAUUAGUUGGCUGCAUUUGGAUUGGGCUUAACGUUUCAAUAUGUGUGAGGUCGCAACACCUCACAUGAUUCCAGCGUUUUGUUUUGUUUGGCGUACUAUGAGAAGCAUGAUGAAUACGAGACAUAUAUGAUUAGAUUAGCUAUAGAUAUAAGACGCCCGAGCUAAUACCAGAGUCUAUAAUUCCAAG